AUUUCGCGGAAAUGGACGCUUUUUUAAAGAGAAAGGGCAAAAAGGCACCUAAGAAGAUUGAGAGUAAGUCAAAACCUGAAAACACACAGGGAUCAUUAUCUACGUGUUUCGGAAAAUCAGCGAAGGCUGAUGGUUAUAGUAGUAAAGACUCUAAAUCUUCAAACUCUACGCUUAUUAAGACUCGUUCUAAAAUUCCCGCUAUAGAAGAUGUGGAGAUGGAGGUAGAAGAUGAAAGCAAAACUAGGUAUCAACCAUGGGUAGAGAAAUACCGGCCAAACAAGAUUGAUGAAGUAUCCCACCAGUCUGAAGUGGUUAGCGCACUUAGUAAAAGUGUUGAGACCGGAAAAGUACCUCACUUAUUACUUUAUGGGCCACCAGGAACAGGCAAAACAUCCACAAUUUUAGCUCUUUCGAAGGAACUAUUCGGGCCAAAAUUUUACCGCUCAAGAAUUCUUGAGUUAAAUGCAUCUGAUGAUAGAGGAAUUGGUAUGGUCAGGGAGAAAAUUAAGAAGUUUGCUCAGAAGAAAAUCGCCAAAGCUGUAGAUUCUGAAUAUCCAUGUCCUCCUGUGCAGCUUAUAAUUCUUGAUGAGGCGGAUUCAAUGACCGUUGACGCCCAAUCAGCUUUGAGAAGAACCAUAGAGGUAUAUUCAGCCCAAACAAGGUUCUGCAUCAUCUGUAACUAUGUCAGCAAAAUCAUUGAGCCAUUAGCUUCAAGAUGUGUGAAGUUCAGGUUUACUCCAAUUUCAGAAGAAGCUCAGAUUAAAAGACUUGAAUAUAUAUGCGACAAAGAAGAAAUCAAGCAUGAUCCCUCCGCGCUUCCAGCCCUGGUAGAGGUUACAGAUGGAGACAUGAGGAAAAGUAUCAUGAUGCUACAGUCAGCAGGGAGAUCUUAUGAAACCGAAAAACUCACAGCAGAUGAUAUCUACGAAGUCUCAGGAAAAAUUCCAACUCAUGUGAUUCAAGAAAUUUGGGAGCAAAUUGCUAACCUAGCAGAUGGUGAUACUGAUAUCAGUGAGUUAGCUGAGAAUGUCAUCCAAGAAGGAUUUGAUAUUAUGCAGUUGCUUUCCCAACUGAUUGAUUUGAUAACACAAGAAAAUAUUAGGAGCGUCUCUGAUUUAAAGAAAGCCAGAAUUGCAGAAGUAUGUGCAGAGACAGAGUUCAAGUUGAUUAAAGGAGGAUCAGAGGAACUAAAUGUGUCUUACCUCUUUAUGAGCAUAGGUAACAUUCUAUCUUCCUAA